CACAUUUGGAAGAACUGUAUGCUUUGAAUUGGUAAAAUCAGAAAUGCAUGACUGCUACAACAGAAAAAUAACCCUGCUGACCUUUAUUUAACAGUACUUGCAAUGCUAGUUACCAGUGUGACUUUGAAUGUAAAAAACAGUAGAUUAGACAACUGCUAUUUUUACUUUUAAGGGAGUAGGCAUCAGUAUUAUAUAGCAUAUGAAGAAGAAUCAUUCUGUACAGUUUUCCUUGCAGAUUUAAGCAGACGCAGUUCCAUAACUGGACACCUAGCACAAACACUCAAGAUUCACAAGAGAUCCCGCUUGUUCUGUUGUCAGAGGUGUAUUGGGUUAACUAGAAGGGGGAUGGUAGCGUGGAGGAGGGGUCUUCUCUUGGUACCAUUUGAUCAAUACAGAGCUUUGAAGAUCAGAACGAUUACAGCUGGGCCUCUGGACAGCAGUUGGGGUUUACUGGACAACAAAAAAAGCUUUUUUUUUGUCAUCUCACUGGAGCUUACACAUUCUGCUCUUUACAGCUGGAUGAAAGACAAGUGCCAUACUAAACCGUGGAGAAAGCAAGCCUGGGAAGCUGAUGGAAAGCAGUUUUCAAAGUUACCAAUGGAUGUGAGCAACUUGCAGUUUUGGAUGUACAACUAGAAGUGGAGAGACCUGUAGACCCAUUAAAGUUUUAACUGGAGGGUAAAAGAUAUUAAUUCAGCUAUUUACCAGGAGUUUGCCACAUUUCGACAGAUCCAACAGAAACAACAUAGCACACAUUUUGUAGUGCUGUUCAGUAAAUAUGGAUAAUAUUAGGAGCACUCAAAACACCUUGUUACUCCACUGGAUAACAGACAUGAUUCCUGACCCUUGUUUGCUCUUCCUAUGUCCUGUGAUACCAUUGGUCAGGUAGACGUUGUUUUCUAAUAAGAAGCACUGAAUUUCUGUGUUCACCGUCAUGUUGUCUGUAUGCUGCCACUGUAUGGUGCUACUUUCAGUAUCGCAAGUCCUUGCACUCAGCUUUCCUGAAGACGAUGAGCCUGUUGAAACUGUGGACUACCAUUAUUCAAAGCAAUAUCCUGCUUUCAGAGGGCGGCCUUCUGGUAAUGAAUCUCAGCAUAGGUUGGACUUCCAGCUUAUGAUGAAAAUCAAAGAUAUGCUGUAUAUCACUGGCAGGGAUCAGGUUUAUGCUGUAAAUUUAAAUGAUAUUCCGAAGAAUGAAAUUGUCUACAGUAGGAAAUUAACAUGGCGGUCAAGGCAGCAGGACAAGGAAAACUGUGCUAUGAAGGGCAAACACAGAGAUGAAUGCCAUAACUUUAUUAAAGUUUUUGUUCCGAGAAAUGAAGAGAUGAUUUUUGUCUGUGGUACAAAUGCCUUUAACCCCAUGUGCAGGUACUACAAACUGGAUAUACUGGAUUAUGAUGGUGAAGAAAUAAGUGGUCUGGCAAGAUGCCCAUUUGAUGCCAAGCAAACCAAUGUUGCUCUGUUUGCAGAUGACAAGCUUUACUCAGCUACUGUUGCAGAUUUUCUGGCUAGCGAUGCUGUUAUCUAUCGCAGUAUGGGAGAUGGUUCUGCUCUAAGGACAAUAAAAUAUGAUUCUAAGUGGUUGAAGGAGCCCCAUUUUUUGCAUGCAAUGGAAUAUGGCAGCUAUGUUUACUUCUUCUUCAGGGAGAUCGCUGUAGAACACACCAAUCUGGGCAAGGCUGUGUAUUCACGAGUGGCACGCAUAUGUAAAAAUGAUAUGGGAGGAUCUCAAAGGGUACUGGAGAAACACUGGACCUCAUUUGUAAAGGCUCGCUUCAAUUGUUCUGUUCCUGGUGAUUCAUUUUUCUACUUUGAUGUUCUGCAGUCUAUUACAGACAUAAUAGAAAUCAAUGGCAUCCCUACUGUUAUUGGAGUAUUCACUACACAGCUAAAUAGCAUCCCAGGGUCGGCUGUGUGUGCUUUUAACAUGCACGAUAUAGAAAGAGCAUUUAAAGGCAGGUUUAAAGAACAGAAAAGCCCAGACUCUGUUUGGACAGCUGUGUCUGAGGAUAAGGUUCCAAAACCCAGACCAGGAUGUUGUGCUAGACAUGGUUUGGCAGAAGCUUACAAAACCUCUAUCGAUUUCCCUGAUGAAACCCUAUCCUUCAUCAAAUCCCAUCCUCUGAUGGACUCCGCUGUUCCUUCAGUCAAUGAGGAGCCUUGGUUCACAAAAACACGGGUCAGGUACAGGCUGACAGCAUUAGCAGUGGACAGUACAGCAGGCCCAUAUCAGAAUUACACAGUCAUGUUUAUUGGCUCUGAGGCCGGUGUGAUACUUAAAGUCUUGACAAAGACUAGUCCUCUUUCUUUAAGAGACAGCGUAUUAUUGGAAGAGAUUGAUGUUUAUAAUCCUGCAAAAUGCAGUGUUGGUGGAGAUGAAGACAGAAAAAUCAGAGCAUUACAGCUGGACAAAGAACACCAUGCUGUCUUUGUAGCUUUUUCUAGCUGCGUUAUUCGACUUUCAUUAAGUCGCUGUGAGCGUCAUGGAACAUGUAAAAGAUCUUGCAUUGCUUCGCGAGACCCAUACUGCGGAUGGUUGGAUCAGGGUGUCUGUGGAAGGGUAAAGCCUGGAGUGUUUACUGGCUAUGAACAAGACGUAGAAUAUGGAAAUACAGCAGAACUCGGAGAGUGUCAUGAAUUCAUGUCUACUCCAACUACACCAGAUUACAAAGUAAUUGCUGCUUCAACUUCUGACAAGGAGUUCUCAUCAUCUUUUGUUACAACCAUGGCAAGUGAAACAUUAGAGUCCACUGUUGACAUGGACUCCUGGAAACCAAAACUUACUGGCUCACGGAAAUUUGUUCUUCAGGAUGAUCCAGGCACUUCUGAUUAUUUUGACCCAUUGUCAGGUCUCCCAAAGGGAGUGAGAUGGGAAGUGCAGUCAGGAGACUCGAAUCAAAUGGUUCACAUGAAUGUCCUUAUUACUUGUGUUUUCGCUGCCUUUGUUCUUGGAGCCUUCAUUGCAGGAGUAGCAGUGUAUUUGUAUAGAGAUGUCUUCUUGCGCAAGCCUAGAGAAAUGCAUAAAGAUGCAGAAUCUGCACAGUCUUGCACCGACUCGAGUGGCAGCUUUGCUAAGCUUAAUGGACUGUUUGAUAGCCCUGUGAAAGAAUACCAACAAAAUGUUGCACCACCUAAACUGUAUACAAACAUUCUGACCAAUGCAAAGCAACUGCCACCAUCUGGUGACACAAAGCCAACAGUUAAUGACAGCCAAGGGCAGACUCCAGAGCUGGCAGCACUUCCAACACCCGAGUCCACACCAGUGCUUCAGCAGAAGAGUUUACAGCCUAUAAAGAACCAAUGGGAGAAACCCCAUGGCCACAUCAAUUCACGAAAGGACUCACCUCUGAAAAGCCCACAGUUUUUCCCUUCAAGUCCUCCACCCCACUCCCCUUUGAGUCAUGGACACAUUCCUAGUGCAGUUGUCCUUCCAAAUGCCACACAUGACUACAAUACAUCUUUCUCCAAUUCUAAUGCACACAGAAUGGAAAGAAAAAUUGUAAGCAUUGACCAGCCACCACCAAAACAGCCAUCAAAAAGAGAUCACAGAAGGUCUGUGGAUUCAAAAAACACAUUAAACGACUUUUUAAAACAUUUAAAUGAUGCAAGUAAUAAUCCAAAUGGUAUUCUUGGUGAUAUUCCAAUGACACGUCAGCACUUGAGGUUAGAUCCUAUGGUCGACAUGUCUGAAAUUCCACCUAAAGUUCCAAACAGAGAAGCAUCUCUCUACUCUCCAUCUUCAACUCUUCCAAGAAAUAGUCCAUCCAAAAGAGUAGAUGUUCCUAGUACCCCAAGUUCUCCAACAGUACCUGUGGCUUCAGCAGAAAGACAACAUAAUUAUCACAAGAAUUCCACACAAAGACAUUCAAUCUCUGCUCUUCCUAAGAACAUUAUGUCAGCAAAUGGUGUUUUAGUAUCAAGACAGCCUAGUUUUAAUAGAGGUUACAUUUCUCCCACACCUCCCACAAGAAUGGACUCCGUACAGGGAACACCAAUUAUUAUUCAUUCCCAACCCUCAUUAUCAAGACAAAACAGUUAUACUACAGGCCAUGGUACACUUCCACGGACAGGAAUAAAGAGGACACCAUCAUUAAAACCUGAUGUACCACCAAAACCAUCCUUUGCUCCUCAGAUUACUCCUGUUAGGCAAUUGAACAAAUAUAGUUACUAACAUUACAAAACAAAUGAAAACUUGAAGGAAAACACUUUGGUGUGAACAUGACUUACAUAGGCUGAUGACAUGUUUUGGUAGGACCUCAAGAAAGUGUAAAAGUGUAAAUUACUGAUAAAGAGAGAAAAAAAAAAAACAACCGGCCAAAGAACCUACCAUUACUGCAGCAGCUAGACGUAAGUACUACACCACAGAAUCGGCAAGACAUGCUUGUCGAAAACAAAAGAAUGUGCUGGUCAUUGUAUCUCUUUUGUUUCAAAGUUAUGGAGAAAAGAGGCAGAGAGGGGCUACCCUAUAUUUUACAAAGAGCUGAUAAUAAGGAAACGUACAUGGAAAUGGGUUCCAAUGUUCACUGCCACUGUUGUGGUCUUCCCGUGAAAUGUGAACUGUGACUAAAUAGGUACGCAUUUUUUGCCAAUGCACAAAUGGCAGAAAAUGAUAACAUUUCAACAAAUGUACUUUGGCUGACUAGAAAGGUGCUUAGACUUGAAUUGAACUGUGGUCCAAGUGUAGCAAAUACAUUACUAAUAUGUAGUACCUGUUGUGCCACAAAAACUGUGUACUAUAUGUCAUAGGAUGCACUUAUACUAAACACUGCAUCUAUUUUGUUGUGCAUUUGUUUACACAGAGCAUAUAUUACACGUUAACUGAAACCGAACCUUAAUGUUAUACUUUACCUCCAUGAUCCACUGGUAUCAGAUAUGUGAUAAAGCAGCUUUUAAUUUUUAAUGUAGCAUCAGAUGGAUGAAUUUGAGCCUUUUUUGUUUUGGUGCUGCUAGUCAGAUAGAGUUGUAUGUUUUUAGUUAAUAAUGCACUAUGCACCAGUAAUCCAAGCAGAACUCUUCUCAGUCUUGGGCUACUUUUGCCCACUGUGACUUUAAACCUCAGUACACGUCAUGAAAGAGGUCUGAAAUGCUUCAUUAUGUUGUUACAAGUACUGUAAAAAACCCUGUUUCAUAUUGAUCAAUUCUGUUAUUAACAAUAAUGGGAUGAAGCAUGUUUCCCAAACUGGUCAUCAGCUGAUUUUUCCAAAAAUUAUGACACAGCGAAAAAUUGAAGACAGUGCAAUUGUUUUAUGUAGUGCUACUGUAGAAAAGUCCUCUAAAGUCAUGCAGGUAAUGACAGUUUCUGUAUGUGUCUUACACCUUUACCUGAUUCUGUGCUUUUUGUGCCUUACUUUGUUAGGUUUGUAAACCACUUAAAACAAUUCUAUCAAGUGUUCUUUCUAAGGCCCAUCAGAUGUUCUGGCUGUUUGAUGUGUCUUUCAGAGUCUCAACUGAUCAAAAUAUGUAACUGAAUUACUAAUAAGCAGUCUGCUGUAAGGGAAAAACACACAAGUAUCUGCAACAACAAACAUUCUUUCUGAGUUGUUUUAAAGUUUAGAACAGAUUGUGUCUGCAGUGUUCAGUGCUACAGAGAUUGUUGCCAUAACAUGCACAGCUAAAACACUGUUCUCACUGAACGUAAACAAAUCAAAGCAAAAGGCUAUCAACUGAUUUGCAGAAAGAUGCAAGUUGGGCAUAAGACAAAUGGAAUUUUUGUUAUGGUGCAUAUUUUUUGAAAUCAGUUUUACCAUUUGAGGACUAAAGUAUUUUUUUAGUCAUCUUAGUAUAUCUACGUUUAUGUUAUUCAAGGUAAGACAUUAGCAAGACUGAAGCAAAGUCCAAUAAAAUGAAUGUAUUUCAAAGAACACUAAAGUCUUGCCUGCAUAUUUUAUUGUCAGUGGGUUUAGUUUAUUACUAGGUUGUACAUGUUUUAUGUGCUGGAAAGUAAAUUUGGUAAAUGGCAUGGCACUCACAGACCCCAUCUCUUUUCUCUUCGUACAUAUUACUGUUCUCUGUUAGAAGCAAACUCUAAUUACAUAAGAAACACCUGUGUGAAUGGGUGUAUGAAUGGUUGCAUCACUGCUGGAAUGUACACACUUUUUGCAUUUAACCUUUUUUAAAUGUUUUAGCUGUUCUGAUUGUAUGCUGCUGUUGACAGGUGGGAAGAACAGUAUUUCAGUCAUGAAUAAUGCAUGUAUAAUCUUUGUCUCCAGUGACCGGAAAGUAGUCAUAUUUCUCUUGCAGUUUCUGGAUGUGAUUCACAGCCAAAGGGGUUUCUCUUUAUUUAUUUUUUUUAUUUUUUCAUGCUUAGAUUAUAAUAGGCAGGGAUUACUUAAAAAAUUUACUUUCUUAGACAUGGCUACCAAGCAUUUUUGGACAUUUUAACUCCCAGUUCUGACAAUUUCAUUGCUUAUAGUUCCUCAUCUCCUUCUAAAUUAUUCCACUAUUCCCAUCUUUUACAUUAUGAACCAACUGUGAUAACAGAACAGAUAACUCAGGUGUUAUGUGUCUUUGAUGUAAAUGGUUACUGAUCAACUUCUUCAAAAAUAUGUAGCCCUUACAAUGAUCAGAGGAUCUGGUUUCCUAGGUAACAUCUUUCCAGCUUAAAACAAGGCCUCUGUUUACUGUUGUAAUCAUAGUAAAUCAUGUUUCUGACAUAUUUCAGCAUUGUUUAUUCCUUCUGUUUAUCUAUUUGCUUCUGUCAGUCUUUUCAUUAUUUUGAAGUAAUGGUGUAAAAUAUAUCGUCUAGAUUUGGCAUUUGGCAAUCACAAAUAAAGGUUGGUAUUUAGCCAGACUUAAUGUCAUCAGUACUACUCAUUCUUAAAAUGAGUUUUUAGUGUCGCCAUUUUUAGUUUACAAAGAUAUAGCUAUAUUUAUCUAAAUAUAUAUAUAUAUAUAUAUAUAUAUAUAUAUAUAUAUAUAUAUAUAUAUAUUGUGUGUGUGUGUGUGUGUGUGUAUAAAACACACCCAGACACACCUGUGCUCUUGUUGUAUGUUUUAAAUGUUUUAAAGUAGCAUUGUUCUUAGACAAACCAGUAAGGUGCAGAUGUUGUUUUACAGAAAAUUGAACUUUGCUUCUUCAGCACAUCGUGAGUAAAUUCAUUUUGCUCAAGCUUACUUCCUGGCUUUGAUAUCUAUUCAGACAUAAACUUCUUUUGUGCAAGGUGUCUGUUGAGAGGUAGGGCAGUCAACUGAAUUAUUUAAAAUCUUACAGCAGUUAGGCUAGAUUUAUGCAAUAUAACUUUUCAUGUAUAGGAGCAAGAGCACGAAGCAGUGAUUUCCAGUGAAGCACCUCUGAAGUGCAUGCUUACUCCCUGCAUAGGGAUAUGAUUCACAGACUUGUGUUACAGAAUUACUCAGAAAAUCUGGAACUUAUGGACAUUUUUAGCUUUAAUUUUAAGGUCAUCUUAUAAAAAUCUGCACCCAUUGUUGAUUUCAGGAAGUGAAGAUUAUAAUUUCCAGGAUAGGAACCACAAAAAAAAAAAAAACGGCAGAAUCAGACGAAUACAUCCCAUAUUUUUAGUUACAAGUGAUUUAUUCCCUGGUCUCGGAAGAAAUUAAGUCCAAUGGGAUUGGUUAACAACUUCAGAGUAAAUAAAAGAUGCUCCUAAGUAGGGUAGCGUGUUUAAAAUUAACAGUAAAUGAACGUCAUGGACUUUGGAGCUAUUAGAAAAUGAAUGGUAAAGAUGAGAAGACUUUACCUUUAUCAUUUGUCAAAUGGUAAAGCUGAUUUCAAAACCAAUUUGUAGGUUUUAAUACACCAUAACAUUUGAUAAAAUGUGUACAAAUUAAUAAUACAUGUAUGUGAACUGUUACAUUUUUGUACUGUUAAGCUGCCUUGUAUAUUGCAGUGUGACUUCUGGCAGUAUUUAUGUUGAAAGCUAAUGUUUUAUCUAGCAUUUACAUUUUAAUUUAAUAAAAUGCUUAUCCAUUUGUGCAGAAUUAAAUGGAGACCAUCUUUUAUAGCACAGUUUAAAAAUAACUUUAAAACAGGUGUUCCAUAUGUUCUACAGACUCAUUUAACAUGUAUAGCUAUCUUGUAGACUUGUAUUGUGGAUGUGUAAAUAAUUUUGUUUCAACUGUUUUUUUUUUUGUUUGUUUUUUAUUUUUAUUUUUUAACACAGCAUGUAAAGGCAAAAUAAAAUACUCCCAACAA